GUAGUGUUAGUUCGCGACGACUUCGGCGAUAAACAAAAGUUUGAUCUCUUCCUAAGUGUCUACAACUGGACGUCACUUAAACCCACGGAAGAGCUCCAGGCGCUGGUCUUAAGUGAAAAGGGAUUCUCAGUGCAGACCGUAUGGGACGACUACAUACCAGAUCUGCUCAAGAAGUUCAAGUGCGAGGAUAGGACUCAGUGUGUCAUACGAGUAGAGAUACCACAGUUCAAGGCGUCAAGUUUCCUAUUGCUAACGGAGCCGAAGAACUCGAAAAUAGUGAACCCGAACCUGAAGUUAGUUUCGGUGGUCAAGAGAGACAAACCGGUGGACAAUAAGCACGUGUUUGACAUAACCCUGAGCGCGGAAGCGGUGGCGCCUUUCGUGGCCAUGGAUUUCAAACGGAAUUACGGAAUUCGCGGGAAUUUCCUCGAAAACGGAUUCUUUAUCUUCGAUCACCAAAAGACCAUCACUUUUGUCACCAAAUCUAAUGUCACGGAACAGCAGAUUAGCGAUAAUCUCACGUUUAAGACGGUGGCGGAUGUGGUGUGAGUUUGCACUACCGGUGCCUUAUAUGCAGUAUUCGUAAAAAUGUUAAAAAAUAAAUUAAUUCUUAAAAUGUAAUUCAAAUAGUUUUUUAUAU